AUGCUGCUCAACUCUCUCGGCCCUCUGCUCAGCGCGACCUUCCUCGCCGCGUCCGCGUCCCUCGUUCGCGCGGAUACAAUCUCAUGCAAUGCCACAAACCUCUGCCCCGAGGAUACUCCCUGCUGCAACCAAUACGGCGAGUGCGGCAUCGGCUCCUACUGCGUCGCCGGCUGCAACCCCCUCUGGUCCCACGACAUCUCCUCCUGCGCUCCCGCUCCCAUCUGCCAGAACCAGUCCUGGACCUUCUCCGACCUCGACUCCCUCGUCCUCUACUCUGACUACCUCGGCGACUCUGACGCCUACGGCUUCACCUACACCGGCUACCCCGCCGUCGACAGCGACCUCCUCUGGAUCACCAUGCCUAACCAGACAACCGGUACCGUCCUCGCUUCCACAAAGUACAUGUGGUACGGCAACGUCAAGGUCACCAUGAAGUCUUCCCGCGGCGGCGGUGUCGUCACUGCCUUUAUGUGUGUUAUAACUCCUUCUUCUAUCAUUCUCCUCAUCGUCUUUUAUACUAACACCCCCAGUCUCUUCUCUGAUGUCCAAGACGAAAUCGACUACGAAUUCGUCGGCGCCGAUCUCGAGACCGUCCAGACAAACUACUACUUCCAAGGUAUCCUUGACUGGACCCACUCCGUCAACAUCUCGCUCUCAGACACCUACGAAAACUACCACACCUACGAAAUCGACUGGACCGAGGACACCAUCAUCUGGUCGGUCGACGGCCAGCAGGGUCGCGUGCUCAACAGAGCAGAUACUCUCAACGAGACCUCUGGCGAGUACGAAUUUCCCCAGACUCCCUCGCGCGUCCAGAUCUCGCUCUGGCCCGGUGGACUUGACACCAACGCUCCCGGAACCAUCGCCUGGGCCGGCGGUGAGAUCAACUGGGACAGCGAGGAUAUCCAAAACUACGGAUACGACUUUGCCAUUAUCGAGUCCAUCAACAUGACCUGCUACGACCCUCCUUCCUUUGUCGACCAGACGUCGAGCAGCAAGUCGUACAAGUACACAAACAUCAACGGCACCGCCGAGGCUAUCGAGAUCUCUGACGACGACACCAUCCUUGCCUCUGAGGAGGCCAGCGGCGACGACAUGUCUGCGGGUGCUUCGUCCUCGGUCGAGUCCUCUACAGAGUCCUCUACCCAGUCGUCCACCUCGCACUCCUCGACUCACUCUUCUACCAAGACCUCUUCGUCUUCUCACUCUUCUACCAAGACCUCUUCGUCUUCUCACUCUUCUUCCUCGUCGCACUCUUCGUCGCACUCUUCGUCGGCGUCGUCGUCGUCAUCGGCAGAGUCAUCUUCGGCGUCUUCCUCUUCCGCCAAGUCCUCUUCGUCUAAGGCCUCGUCUUCCUCCGCCGCCAGCAGCUCUAGUUCCGCCGAGACUACUGCUACUUCUACCUCUGACUCGUCCUCGUCUUCGUCCUCUGCCUCUGCCACUGCCACCGACGCGUCGUCGUCGACUUCGGCGGUCCAGACCGGCUUUAUCCAGGGAACCACCGCCUCGAGCACGGCGACCGCUAGCUCCGGCGGUGCCGCUGCUCUCGGUGUUUCCGAGUCGUACGCGCUCUCGCUUGUUUCCUUUGUCGUUGGCUUUUUCUACUUGUUCUAA